AAUGGAGAGAGUUGCCGUAAAGAGAAGAGAGAUAGCCAUAAUAAUUAGCUAGGUUUAUCCAUGCACUUUGAAAAGCGUGGUGGCCAGUGGCCAGCCUUGAUGGGGCAUUCAAUGCCUCACCACCCACCUCACCUAAUUAUCCAUUAAUAAGUACUCCUACUCCGACCACUUCUUUUUCAUCACUGUACUAUACUCCCAACAGUACCAGAAAUCUAGAGAGAGAGGGGUGUAAAACGAUGGCGGACAAGAGAGGCUCUCCGAUGGAUAUGGGGUCGGCUAUGAGGGACGACGGCGGCGGAGAUGAGGUGUUCUGCGGCAGAACCACCGGCAUGAGGACGGCGGAGACGCUGCUGCGCCUACUGCCGAUGGGCCUGUGCAUAGUAGCACUUGUGGUGAUGCUCAAGAACUCUCAGACUAAUGACUUUGGUUCUCUUUCUUACUCUAAUCUCGGGGCUUUUAGGUACCUGGUGCACGCCAACGGAAUAUGCGCAGGAUAUUCUCUACUCACAGCAGUGGUUGCAGCCAUGCCUCGUCCCUCAACCAUGUCCCGAGCCUGGACUUUCUUCCUCCUUGACCAGUUCCUGACAUACAUAAUACUGGCUGCGGGCGCUGUAUCAGUGGAGGUGGUGUACUUGGCUUACAACGGAGACCAAGCUGUUACCUGGAGUGAAGCUUGUGGGUCCUUUGGCAGGUUCUGUCGCCGGUCAGUCGCGUCUGUUGCCAUCACCUUUGCCGUGGUGCUUUGCUAUGCAGUGCUCUCUCUCAUCUCCUCCUACAGACUCUUCAGCAAAUACGACGCACCACCAGUUCACGGCCGCAGCAUCACCAAGGGAAUCGAGAUCGGUGCCACCUUCCACGGCUGAUCAGCCACCGUGUUCCUCUAGCCCAGUCUGUUGGGCUACGUUUGGAUGUUGGAUUUGCAGGAGAUUUUCGGAGGCGUAAAGAAAAGCAGAGGAAAUUUUCUUUUCCCCAUCCGCUAAUCACUCUAGAAAUGCAGGAUCCAAACAAAUCAAAGCUGUGUUUUAACUAGUUGUGUACAAUGUUCUCUCAAUAACAUAAUGCCAGUAUGCUUUGCAGACA